AUGUCCACCGAUCCCAAAUUCGACGAUCUCCACAAGAGCCUAUUUGAAGAAGGACUCAAAGUCCGCCGUGCCGUGGUCGGUGACGCCUACGUUGACAAAGCUCUCGAGAAUGGAUCAUCAGAAUUCUCUCGAGCCGGUCAAGAGCACAUCACCGAAUGGGCCUGGGGAAAUGUCUGGACAAGACCGGGACUCGAGCGAAGAGACCGCAGUCUUCUCAAUAUCGGCAUGCUGAUGGCUCUCAACCGUGGGCCCGAACUGGCCGUUCAUAUUCGAGGUGCUCGGAAUAACGGGCUGAGUGAGCUUGAAAUCCGAGAGGCUAUCAUCCAUGCUACUGUCUACUGUGGUGCUCCAGCUGGUGUGGAUGCUAUGAAGAUUGCGGAGAGGGUGUUGAAUGAGAUGGCGGAGAAUGGGGAGAUGCCAAGGGAAUUGGGAUCGAAGAAGAAUUGA